GCAAUCCUCGACAGUGCUUUUCCAGCUCUCGAGGUCGAAUGAUCGGCCUUUUUAAAACCUAAGUUAUAAUAUAUCUUCUUCUCCCUAUCUAAAACUCUCAUAUUCGGAGUGAUCCGAAUCGUCGUUCGUUUAGUAGUAUCUCGUAUCGUCUUAUCAGAAAGUAGAAGGAUUAAAAAAAAAAAAGUAAAAAAAAAAAGAAAUAAUCAACAAAAAAAUAUAGAAAUAUAAAAAGAAAAAAGUGAAAGGAGAGAAUUCGAUCGAGAAGAAAUCGGAUUGAAUUCUCAUAAUGAAGCUAAUCUCUUUUUUAUUCUGUGCCAUCGUUCUUCUUCUUGGAUAUCAUGGUGCCAAUGCUAUCCAGUGUUACGUAUGUAACAGCAAUGACGACAGCCGAUGCGCAGACGAUACUCCACCGGAUGCGUUGAAAAAAGAUUGCGGUGACCUGAAGGAUGGUCCGAAGUUUACAAUGUGCCGAAAAAUCACUCAAGUCAUUGAGUUCAGCGUUAAUGGAUUGCCAGCAAAUACUCGAGUGAUACGUAGCUGUGGUUGGAUCGAAUCGACUUACAAAGGUCGAUGUUAUCAAAGAAGUGGUUUUGGUGGUCGACAAGAAGUUUGUUCAUGCUUGCAUGAUUAUUGUAACGGCGCGACAACAGGUAUCGAUCAACCACCGAAAACGUUUAUCUUAUCUUGUGCUCUUGGUGUCAUCCUUCUUGCAAUUGCACGCAAUUAAGUUAAGAAAUACGACGAGACCCUUCAUCGAUGCCUCAUUCUGAGUUUAAUCAGCACCAACGACAUAAACGACGACAACGACGAUGAUGAGACGAUGACCAAGAAUGAAACUUCGCAUGAUAAAUAUUCAACAUCUCCAUCAGUUCGAUAAAACGAAGAUGAUGAUGAUGAUGAUGAUGAUGAUCAAGUGAGAGAAAAAACUGGAUUAUCAUCGACAAAAAAACAAAAGAAAAAGAAAGUUUCGCUGAAGAAAAAUUAUUAAAGAAAAAAGAAAUAAUGGUAAAGAAGAUAAUCUAAUUUUCAACGCGAUCGUCAACCAUUUUUUCACCAUUAUUAUGAAAUGAGAAUUUUUAAGAAAAAAAAAAGAAAAAACAGAAAAGAGAUAGAAAAACUGGAAUAAUAAUAAUAAUAAUAAUAAUAAUAAUAAUAAUAAUAAUGAUAAUAAUAAUAAUAAUAAUGCGAUGUUUCCGUCUUUUCUACUCGUCGAAGGGCCGUUAUUUCUAGAUUUAGUAAAAUGCGUACGAUCGUUCCGAGAUCCUAUGAAACUCAUAAUAGGAAAGAAAAGAAAAGAAAAAAAAAAUAAAGAAAGAAAAGAUAAAAAGAACAAGAAAGGAAGUGAGAUUUCAAGGACGAAAAGAGAACGAAGCUCUAGACAUUUCGCAUAUUAUGGUUUUGCGAGAGAGAAAUAAGAAGAUAUUUUCUUUAUUCGUCUCAAUUACACCGAAUAUUCGAAUAAUUGUAGAUCAAACAUUUGUCUCAAGAGCUCGACGUAGUAAAUAAUAUACACACAAAUACACACACGCACACGCACACACACACAUUAUGUAUGAUUGUUAUCUUUAUGACUUUUUUUUUAUGCUUUUCUUCGUUCUUCUGUCAAAUAAUUUUGUAAAGAGGGAAAGGGAGAGAGAGAGAGAAUGAGAGAGAAUGAGAGAGAGAGAGAGAGAGAGAGAGAGAGAGAGAGAGAGAGAGAGAGAGAGAGAGAGAGAGAGAGAGAGAUACAAAAAAAUCUCCAAUUCAUUUUCUAGCACAAUAAUUUUCAUAAAAUAAUUUGUAUAACAAAAAAGAAUAUUUUAUUCGACGAUUUAAUCUCUCUAAUUUCUAAUCUUCGAAUAAAAUAAAAUAAUGAAAAAAUUCUAUCGUAUGUAAAAAAAGCUACAAAUUUUAUUAGUGUAAUUUAUAAAAAUUUUAUUAUUUAUGAUAUAUUUUCAUUUCCAAAAUUCUAUAUCAAAAACGAAGAAACAAGAAAUUAUUUGUAUGAAGUACCUAGGUAAAACAAGUUGUUACGUUAUAUCAUACAUACACAUAAAUAGACACGCAUAUAUAUAUAUACAUAACUUACAUAAACUGUGUUCAUUCAAGAAAUUUUAUUGCGUAGAGAGCUUUAAUAAUAAAGAGAGUGAAAGUGAUAAAGAAUGAAAGGGAAAGCGUAUCGUUUUGUCAAAUUCGGACGUAUCAAAUCUGUAUAUCCGAUAUUAAUAUCGAUACGUUUUUAAUUACGAAAGUAAAACAGAAAUCUAAUAUAUAAUAAUAAUAAUAAUAAUAUAUAUAUAUAUAUAUAUACAUAACGGGAGAUAUUAUAUAUAAGGAACGUUAAACGUAUCCCAAUCCAUCUCAAAUCUACGAUUGCGAUGAACGAUUUGCACGUUAAUUUAAUUGGCACGUUAAUUAAUAGCGCGAAUCAUUCAUUAUCUUUUGUUAAGCAUUUUUACAUUCGACCGAUCGAAUCAGUUUGAUUCGAUUGGAUUCGAUUCAAUUAAAUUAGAUUCGAUUCGACUUGAUCGAUCGAUCGUUCUUAUUAAUUACAUUUGUUCCACCCUCUUUUUUGUAGAAAAAAAUUAUCGCCAACGUUCACAUGUAUUUUAUCGCAUCUUGUUAAUUUUAAUAAAAAUCUGCAAGCAGA